AUGUACGCACGAUAUAUACCACCUCCAAAGGCGGACUAUCGGAACGAUGCUGAGCCGCCUCUGGUGCCAGCUAAGGUGACAGACUCGCUAUCAAACUCAACCGCGACACAGUCGACCACGCCAUACGCCAGAUAUGUCCCACCGCCAAAGCCGAAACACACCGAAGCUCCCACUCCUGCCUUAACUGCAAAGAGAAUCGUUUUCGACUAUGAAGAACAAGCGGACGAGUCCUCUUCCAAAAAGAGAAAACUUGAGCCCUCCGAUCAGAAUGCGAUCGAGCCGGGCAAGAAGAAGUCAAAAAAGUCAAAGGAAUCGAGACGGGGCGCAGAAAGCGAGAUUUUGGAGAAGGAUCUAUUUUCCCAGAAUCUCACGGACAAUGAUGUAGUUGGUGUAGUGGAAAAUUCGCAACAGGAGUCGAGCACCAUUGUCAUGGCCGAGCGUGACUAUGAAAAGAAGAGCAAGAAGUCGAAGAAGCUUUCUAUGAGCAGCCCGGAGCCAGCCAACUUGGGCACAAAACCAAAGACAAGCAAGAAGGAAAAGAAAGCAACGGAGAAGAAAGCUUCGAACAAGCUCUCUCCAGAACCAGAGACACCCCCGACGGAGCCCGUUUCGAAUCCAAGCGACGAUGAUCAAGAGCCUCCCAAGGCGAAGACCAAGACGAAGAAGAAGCGUUCGAGUGAUGCGACCGUUGAGAUCCCAGGUAUAUUGAAUAACGAGAGUGUAGACGACACUACCGAGCGUCAUAAGUCAGUUUUGAAGAAAAAAGAGAAGUCGUUGAAGAGGUUAAAGCGGGAGGCCAGAGAGGACAAUGAUACCAAAGAGAGCAAGGAGCAGGCUGUUGCUAAUGCUGAUGGAGUCGCGGAAGAGCCGCCAGAAAUCCACGGUCUAGAGCCAUUGCCGCAACCAGAGCCAGUAGCUCAAGGUAAUAUCAAGGCGGCUUACGAGACACUACCAGCAUGGCUGGCAGCUCCAAUUCGCGUGACGCCGACAAAGACAACUACCUUUACCAAGUUGGGCAUUGAUGCAGAGGUCGAGAAAGCACUGGCGGCGAAAGGAUACAAGGAGGCAUUUGCUGUUCAGACUGCAGCAAUUCCCAUGCUUAUGCCAUCAGCCGAUCGGCAAGGUGACCUGGUCGUCUCGGCGGCAACGGGAUCUGGGAAAACUCUGGCCUACGUUCUGCCCAUGGUGCGGGAUAUCAGUCAAGGUGUUGUCACGAAACUAAGAGGCUUGAUUGUUGUUCCUACUCGUGAGCUAGUGCGACAGGCUCAAGAGGUCUGUGAAAUUUGCUCAGCUGCUCUUUCGGGGCCUGGUCGAAAAAGAGUGAGAAUUGGCAUCUCAAUGGGCAACCAGGCAUUCAAGACCGAGCAAAUUGCUUUGAUGGGCGAAGAGCAACACUACGAUCCCGAGGGCUAUCAAUCAUACCUUCGGAAGCGACACGAUCCCGAUGCAUUCGAAUACUUUGGCUCAGACCCCCACUUAAACAUGUUUCAGGAAACCAUGAAGCCAUUACCAGAUCAUGUGGUAGACUAUGUCUCCAAAGUUGACAUUCUCAUCUGCACGCCGGGACGUCUAGUUGAGCAUAUAAAUCUUACUCCUGGUUUCAAUCUAGACUACGUUCGGUGGCUCGUUGUCGACGAAGCUGAUAAGCUACUCGCUCAGAGCUUUCAGCAGUGGCUUGGUGUUGUGAUGGAGAAGCUGAGUGUAGAAAAACCUGGUGCUCGAGACUUCCUGGAUUCGAAUAAAAGCGGUGUGCGGAAGAUCAUUCUCAGUGCAACAAUGACUCGAGAUCUCAGUCUUCUAAACGGCUUAAAGCUACGACGACCGCGUCUCAUUGUUCUCGAAGGCACAAGGUCCGAUGAAGAUGACGAUAAUGAGGAUAAGACUGUACAUGUUCUCCCUGAGCUGCUCCGAGAAACUGGUAUCAAGGUGCGAGAUCCAGAUCAAAAGCCAUUGCUGCUGGUGGAUCUCUUGCAAAGCGACCAAUUGAAGCCGAUUAGUGCAGCCCUUGAUAAGAUUCAUGACGAUGCGGAGGAAGACCUUGAUAACUCAGAUGAUACCUCGUCGUCGGGCUCAGACUCAGAAGACACUUCAGAUCCAGAUUCAGAUUCGGACGAUGAGUCGAACGAGAACUCAGAUGAUGAUUCGCUCAGUGCCGGAUAUCCCACCAAAUCUCGAAAGACGUUCCAAAGUACAGUCUUGGUCUUCACCAAGUCGAAUGAGACCGCGCUUAGGCUUUCUCGCCUGCUAUCCAUCCUUGCGCCAAGUCUCGCACCCCUCGUUGGGACAUUGACUUCGACAACUCGCACAUCACAACGACGAAAGACACUCCAAGCCUUUGCUUCGCGCAAAUUUCGGAUAUUGAUUGCUUCUGAUCUGGUUGCCCGAGGUAUAGAUCUGACGAAUCUUGAUCAUGUGGUAAAUUACGAUAUGCCUACUAGUGUUGCAUCUUACGUGCACCGUGUUGGUCGUACUGCACGUGCGGGUCGGAGUGGACAUGCCUGGACUUUCUUUACGAAGACGGAGGCUGGUUGGUUCUGGCCAGAGAUUGCAGGUCAGGGGAAGAAUCCGUCGAAACUAGGUGGCAUCAAGAGGACGCAGAAGGUAGAGAACAUCAGAUUUGGAGGCGAUGAGGGAGGCAGGUUUAGUGAGAAGAGGGUUGAGAUAUAUGAAGCAGCACUAGAGAAACUAGGUCAAGAGGCCGGCGAGCUGAGGAGGCGACGAUAA